AGGAUUCCAAGGCUGAUCCUGCUAACUGCCAACUUGAAGAAGUCUUCGCUCGCACUCUCGAGUUCUCUGCAAGGUUGAAACUUCGCAUAGAUCAAGGAAAAGGGAUUCCGGGAGUAGGGCCGAGAAAGGAGCGGAGGCAGGAGUGGGACGGGCGGGGGUUGCCCGGAGAGCGCACCGCAUGGCAGUACUGGGAGAGGCCGCCCAAGACCGGAUCAAGCCCGGCCUUGAAGGGUCAAGUCCCGCUCGGGUGGCGAGCAGAGACCACCACCGUCGUGGCGCAUCCCCUCUAUCCCGGCGAGGCUCAGGUUGUUGGGGAGCCCCGGGGCUGCAGCCGCUCCGGAGCUCGUCGCAACUCUUCUCGGCGCUGUGCGCGGGCUCCCUGUCCGUGCUGCUGGCGCUGCUAGUGAGGCUAGUCGGUGGGGAGGUCGGAGGCGAGCUGGAGUCGACUCAGGAGGCGGCGGCCGAGGAGGAGGAGGAGGAGGAAGGAGCCCGAGGGGGCGUCUUCCCGGGCCCUCGGGGAGGUGCUCCCGGGGGCGGCGCGCAGCUCAGCCCUUGGCUGCAGCCAGCCGCGCUGCUCUUCAGUCUCCUGUGCGCCUUCUUCUGGAUGGGCUUGUGCCUGCUGCGCGCCGGGGUGCGCCUGCCUCUAGCUGUCGCGCUGUUAGCCGCCUGCUGCGCCGGGGAAGCGCUGGUGCAGCUCUCUUUUGGCGUGGGGUACGGUCUCCUGCUGUCGCUGCCCGCCGCGGGGGUCCUGCUCAGCUGCCUAGGUGGCGCGACAUGGCUGGUGCUGAGGCUGAGGCUGGGCGUCCUCAUGGUCGCCUUGACUAGCGCGCUCAGGACUGUGGCCCUGGUUUCUCUGGAGAGGUUCAAGGUCGCCUGGAGACCUUACCUGGCUUACUUGGCGGCUGUGUUGGGGCUGCGGCUGGCCAGGUACGCGGAGCAGAUCCUGCCGCAUUGCUCCGGGCCGGCUCCGCCCAGGGAGCCGUUCGGGUCUCAGCUGAGCACGAGGAGCAAGGACGAGAUUCCGGUGUGGUGGAAGAGGAGGAGGCGGUCCAGCUCGGUGGUGGCCGGCGAGAUGUCCGGCUGCAGCGGCAAGUCGCACCGGAGGACCUCCCUGCCCUGCAUACCCAGGGAGCAGCUCAUGGGCCAUUCAGAAUGGGACCACAAGAGAGGACCACGAGGAUCCCAGUCAGGAACCAGCAUCACUGUGGAUAUUGCUGUGAUGGGCGAGGCACACGGCCUCAUUACUGACCUCCUCGCAGACCCUUCUCUGCCCCCAAAUGUGUGCACAUCCUUGAGGGCCGUGAGCAACCUGCUCAGCACCCAGCUCACCUUCCAGGCCAUCCACAAGCCCAGAGUUAACCCCACUGUGACCUUCAGUGAGAACUACACCUGCUCAGAUUCUGAGGAAGGCUUGGAGAAAGACAAGCUGGCCAUUCCCAAGCGCUUGAGAAGAAGUUUGCCUCCAGGCUUGCUGAGAAGAGUCUCGUCCACAUGGACAACCACAACCUCUGCCACAGGCCUGCCCACCCUGGAGCCCGCACCAGUGCGGAGGGACCGCAGUGCCAGCAUCAAGCCACAUGAAGCAUCUUCACCCAGUGCUGUCAAUCCCGAUUCUUGGACUGCCCCAGUAUUGAUGACUCUCACCAAGAGCAGAUCAUUCACUUCGUCCUAUGCUGUCUCUGCAGCUAACCAUGUAAAAGCUAAAAAGCAAAACAGGCCAGGUGGCCUUGCUAAAAUUUCACCCGUUCCCUCACCCUCCUCCUCACCUCCGCAAGGAUCACUUGGCAGCAGUCCCAUCAGCAGCAGUCCUUCAGCACAGUUUCCAGAAUCCUCCGAAGCAACUGCCAAGCGAGGCCCCGGAUCUCACAGGGCCUUAUCUUACACCCAAAGUGCCCCCGACCUGUCACCUCAGAUCCUGCCCCCACCUGUCAUAUGUAGCAGCUGUGGCAGACCUUAUUCACAAGGGAAUCCUGCAGAUGGAUCCUCGGAAAGAAGUGGCCCAGCCAUUCAAAAACCAAACAGAACAGAUGAGACUUCUCAAGUUACCUCCGAUUAUGAGACCAACAACAACAGUGACAGCAGUGACAUUUUGCAGAAUGAAGAGGAGGCUGAGUGCCAGAGAGAGCCACCGAGGAAAGCAUCUGCGUGUGGCACCUAUACCUCCCAGGCCAUGAUCUUCCUGGACAAACCGAUUCUUGCUCCGGAACCCCUGGUCAUGGAUAACCUGGACUCAAUUAUGGAUCAGUUAAACACCUGGAAUUUUCCAAUUUUCGAUGUAGUGGAAAACAUAGGGAAAAAAUGUGGCCGUAUUCUGAGCCAGGUGUCAUACAGACUGUUUGAAGACAUGGGCCUCUUUGAAGCCUUUAAGAUCCCGGUGAGGGAAUUUAUGAAUUACUUUCAUGCUUUGGAGAUCGGAUACAGAGACAUUCCUUAUCACAACAGAAUCCACGCCACAGACGUCUUACAUGCCGUGUGGUAUCUCACAACGCAGCCGAUUCCUGGCUUCCCAAGUGUAAUCGGUGAUCACGGAUCAGCAAGCGACUCAGAUUCUGACAGUGGAUUCACACACGGACACAUGGGAUAUGUGUUUUCAAAAAUGUAUCACGUGCCAGAUGACAAAUACGGAUGUCUGUCUGGGAAUAUUCCAGCCUUAGAGCUGAUGGCUUUGUAUGUCGCUGCAGCCAUGCAUGACUAUGACCACCCAGGCAGGACGAAUGCCUUCUUGGUCGCCACGAGCGCCCCUCAGGCUGUGCUGUACAAUGACCGCUCAGUUCUGGAGAAUCAUCACGCAGCUGCAGCAUGGAGUCUCUUCAUGUCCCGGCCAGAGUAUAACUUCUUAGUUAACCUGGACCACGUGGAAUUUAAGCACUUCCGGUUCCUAGUCAUCGAAGCAAUUUUGGCUACUGACCUGAAGAAACACUUUGACUUUGUAGCCAAAUUUAACGCCAAGGUGAACGAUGAUGUUGGCAUAGAUUGGACCAAUGAAAACGACCGUCUCUUGGUGUGCCAAAUGUGUAUAAAGUUGGCUGACAUAAACGGGCCCGCUAAGUGUAAAGAUCUCCACUUGCGCUGGACGGAAGGCAUCGCCAGUGAGUUUUAUGAGCAGGGCGAUGAAGAAGCCAGCCUUGGUUUGCCCAUAAGCCCCUUCAUGGACCGCUCUGCCCCGCAGCUGGCCAAUCUUCAGGAAUCCUUUAUCUCACACAUCGUGGGUCCUCUUUGCCACUCCUAUGACUCUGCGGGUCUCAUGCCAGGAAAAUGGGUGGAUGACAAUGACGACUCAGGAGACACCGAUGACCCAGAAGAAGAUGAGGAAGAAGCCGAAACACCAAAUGAGGAAGAAACCUGUGAAAACAAUACAGCUCCCGGAAAGAAAACUUUCAAAAGGAGGAAAAUCUACUGCCAAAUAACUCAGCAUCUUCUACAGAACCACAUGAUGUGGAAGAAAGUGAUUGAAGAAGAACAGUGUUUAGCAGGCACAGAGAACCAGUCCCCAGACCCGGCGCCUCUGCAGCACCCCUCAGAGCAGAUCCAGGCUAUCAAGGAGGAAGAAGAAGAGAAGGGGAAACCAAGAGCAGAGGAGGCCCUGGCUCCACAGCCAGACCUGUGACCAUGGGUAGAGCAAGCUCCGGGUGCAGACCGAAUGACUUGUCCCUGACACUUCCCAAGCCAGCACAACACUUAGACACAACGCUGUAGAAUACCAGAAGAUGGGCAAAUGGCUAAAGCGUUUGAGGAAUUCUUCACAUUAUGUGUGUUUGUUUUUACAGUGAGGGACAGCGCUGAAGACUCUACUCAAAGAAGCUUUCACUUUGCGACACCAGCGUCUAAAGAUUGUUUUAUAAGGAAGAAAUAUAUAUGUGUGUGUGUGUGUAUAACUUCCCACAUAGGCUCAUGUACGACUCAUAUUCACGCGUACACACAUGCACACUGAGAGCCAGGAUGCCUGACUCCACAAGAUAGUAACAGUCAUAUUAAGAUAUACAGAGGUCACUGUGACAUAAGAAAUCAUAAAGGGCAAGAACUCAUGAGAAAAUGUGCAGCUUAGCGAGGAAACAAAUGUAGGCUCCAGACAGGGCGGCCCUUGUUCUCCCUACUGAGGGAUGAACAUUCCAGAGCAUUGUUGGAAUUCUAAUGCACCCUGCCAACUGUGUGUGUGAGUGUGUGUGAGUGUGUGUGUGUGUGUGUGUGUGUGUGUGUGAGAGAGAGAGAGAGAGAGAGAGAGA